AUGGAUGAAUGUGUUUGUGAACUUAAAAAAGCCCAUAAACGUAUCCAAACAGAAUUACAACAACAAUUGGAUGAUUGGAGAAGAAAAGGGCUUCGUUUAGAAACAGAAAAUGCCCAAUUAAAAGGAAAAUUGGAAGCUGCGGAAAUUAAAGAAAAAACUUUGGAAAGAAAUAAUAGUGGAAAUUUAAGGAGUGCAACUGGCCGUUUUGGGAGUUUACAGGCUACACAAGAAAGGGAUUUGAGAGAUUCUAGUGUUGAUUCUGAUGUUGGGAUUGUUGGAGGAGGUGAAUGAAU